CAACGGUCAACAGCUCCCCAUCCCCAUCUGAACGGCACGGAGUAGACCGCACGCUGGGUUUUCCCUAUCACGAUAUAUAGACACACGCAUACAUAUCAACGUGACGUGGGUUCCCAUGGAAAUGACCGUCUUCCUCUGUCUCUAAUCCUCCAUUUCUCUCUCUCUCUCUCUCUCUCUCUCUCUCUCUCUCUACGCUUGAUUUGCGUUAUCGAAUAAAUACAUGUAUAUGCAUAUAAUAAUAUAGUUAUCGGAGUGUUUUCCUUUUUUUUCUUUUCGGGAUCGGGAAACGUGAAGAUCGGAUCCAGCGCUUCUCGCCUCUCUCCGACGAACGAAGAUGGUGUAACGAGUUUCAGAGAGAGAGAGAGAGAGAGAAAGAGAGGGCUAAGAAUGAAAAAACUAGUAGUCUAACCAACAGUUCCUUUUACUAGGAUGUCAUCAUCGAACUCCCCGUGCGCGGCCUGCAAGUUCCUCCGCCGGAAAUGCACCCAGGAAUGCGUGUUCGCGCCCUACUUCCCCCCGGACCAGCCCCAGAAGUUCGCCAACGUCCACAAGGUCUUCGGCGCCAGCAACGUGGCCAAGAUCCUGAACGAGCUCAACGCCGCCCAGCGCGAGGACGCCGUCAACUCCCUCGCCUACGAGGCUGACGCCCGCCUUCGCGACCCCGUCUACGGCUGCGUCGGCCUCAUCUCCAUCCUCCAGCACCGCCUCAAGCAGGUCCAGAUCGACUUGUACAACGCCAAAAAGGAAUUGUCGACUUACAUAGGGCCCUCAGCCAUGUUACCCAUCAUUCAUCAGCACCCGGGUGGUUUCGUACCCAACCAUCCCGGAGGAGGAACCUCUUCCGGCAUGCCUUACAACCUUUCGCCGAUGAUGUGCCCGCCGCAGAACGCUCAUUUGGUGAUCCGUGAACCUCAACUGCACCACCACCACCACCAAAUGCUGGAGGCGCAGCAGAUGGCAGCGGCCGCGGCGAGGGAGCAGCAGGAGUAUUUAAGGACUUGCGAGCAGAAUCAACAACAGCAUCAUCAUCAUCACAACCAGCAGCAGCAAAAUCAACAGGAGCUUAUGAGGUUUAACAACAGCGAGUGCGGGUUCGAUCCGGUGGGACCCGUGGGUGUGGGCGUUAGUGGGUUUAACAACCACUUGGCAGCGGUUGCUGCGGCUGCGGCUAUGUCGCCGGCGCUUGCUUUGGGUGGUUGCUUUGACGGGUCUUAUCAGAUCCAGCAGCAGCAGCAGCAGCCACAGGAUCAACACUCUCAUUCUCAAUCGCAUCACCAUCAUCAGCUUCAGCUACAGAUUCAGCCACAACAGCUUUUGCUUCAUCAGCAACAACAGCAGCAGCAGCAGCCGCAGGAACCGCAGCAACAGCAACCGCAGAGGUCCGGAAGCGACGAGGGUCGAAGUCGGAGCGUUGGUCCGUCCAGUUAAUACCUUUUUCAAGCUCACGCGCGUGCCCUCUUUGCUCAUUCUUUCCUCAAUUUUUCGUUCCAGCUCAGUUCCGCAGUACACAAGCGUACAGAGAGAAGAUGUUAUGUUCACAUCUGAUGGGUAUAGUAGGUGAUUGACCAUUUUUGUUUACUCUUAAUUUUGUAGUUUAAUUAAAGAAGACUAUUCCUUGGGAGGAGUACAUUUUUAAAAAAAAGGUGUAGGAGCUGCAUUGAUUUCAACUAUAGUGUUCUCUUUCAGUUUACAUUUAGAAAGUUUAUUUCCUCA